CCCGCCCCGCGCCGCGCGCCUCGCCCCGGGCGUGACGCAAACCGGCGAAUCUACGGCGCGCCACUUGUGACCAAGCUCAUCACAAGCGGAGGCGGACGGCUCCCCCCGCGCGGUACUAAGCCAAAUGAUAUACAACUUAUAAUAUCAAUGUUAAGAAUGGAUGGGGAGGAAAAUAAGAGAGAUGCUGUUGAUGAGAGUUUACAAACUCAGUUGACAGAAGAAUCCCAGAGAAAUACAUCAGGAGAAAAUGCUGGAUGUGACUCUUCGUCUCAGCAGAAAACAAAGCUUGUAUCAGAUGAAGUGUUCAGGGACCUUGACAAGAAAAGAAAAGAGAAUGGCACAAACAAAAGGGCACUGUCAGGAUCACCAAACCUGGAUGCUGUUGUAGCAGACAAACAUAAAGAUGUCUCCAGAAAGAGAAAGCAGAGUUCUUCAGAAGACAUGAAAGAUAGUGAAAGAAAAUUGCACAAAGUUGUAGCUGGAGAAGCGGGUAGUAUUGUAGCUGGAGCUGUAAAUAGGGAAGGAGUCACCAGUUGUCGUGGUGAUGAAAUACUUAAUUCAAGUUUCCUGUGCCUACACUGUGAUUUCAAAUGUGCUGAUGGUGCCAUAUUGAAAAUUCACAGGGAAAAUAAACAUUCACAAGAGGAGCCAGCUGCUGUUCAUGAUAAGUUGUGUUCUUCAGAAGAAGUCAGUAUUGGUUAUGCAGUUGGAAACAUAGACGGAGAUUUCAAAGGCAGAAUGAGUGAUCAGUGUUUACCUUCCUGCUCUGAUAAGGAAAACAAUAAACGAGAAAUUUCCUCUAAACUAUCCAAAGAGCAAGCAUACCCUCACUGUAGUUGCAAAGCUGAAUGUAGUUCAACAUUACAUAUGCAUGUCCAGCAAGAUCAUGAGAAAUCCAAGAUGUUUUGUUGUGAACUUUGUGGUUUUCAGAGUGCUGAGGAAAAUCUCCUAAAUUCUCAUUUCCUCGGCAAGACUCACCUUCGGCGCCAAAAUCUUGCUGCACGGGGAGGAUUUGUACAAAUGUUGACAAAAAAAUACUCCAAAAAACAGCGAUCUACUGCAACCAAAGAAAGGAAUGUCAGAGUAAAACCUGGGACCAGUAAAUUAAGGGCAAAGGCUGCUGAUGCAAAAGAAUUAAGUCUUUGCAGUGCACUGGAAGGCUCAAAAGUAAGCUUGUCUAAACAAAAUGAUGGCACUGAACUGAUUGAAAUGAUACCAUCUUCAGAUGUUCCCACUGAAAAAGCAGAUACUGUGACAGAAGAAACAUUUCUUUCUUCUGCUGUAGAAGGAAAUUAUGAAGUCUGUACUGAAAAAAUAGAAAUACCAGGACCCUCAGAAAGUAUCUUGCAGAAAACAGAAUUGCCUCCAACUACCAAAAAGCCAGUUAGCAGUUUAAACUUGACAAGGAGAUUUGAGAGACCAGAAUGCAGAAGAAACAUUGUCUUGUUAAGGUCUUCAUUUGGACAGAGUAGGUCUUUUAAAUUCAAGAGGCAGGUUAAAAGAAGGUACAGCUUGUUGGGAAAUUGUAAGAGAGGCAAGUCGGAAACUCGGAGACUACACAUGAAGCGUAUCUCCAGCACAUUUAAGUCUGGUGAUUCAAGCUGUAUGUCACAAACAGAAACAGAUGCCAGAGGUAAAGGUAAUAAUACUUCAGAAAUUCAAGAUCUUACUGAAGAUAAGCCAAAUACCCCUUCUUCCAGCACUACACAUGCUAAAGAUUGUGAUGUUAACCUUACUGCUGAUCAUAGUGUUCUUCAUACUUGCACUGAUUGUGGUCAUGUUUUUCAGAACAGGAAAAGUUUGGAAGUUCAUGUUGAAAAGCUUCAUAUGAAAAGGAUCCAGUUUCAUUGUCAGAUGUGUAGUUAUUCCUCUGGAGUCAGGGAAGACAUGAAACAACACUCUCAGGACAAUAAACACCAGAUAGGUGGUUGUAGCUUUAAUUGUCAACUCUGUUCAUUUACCAGCUUGAAUGUGGUCAGCCUUCAAAGCCACAUGAGUGAAACACAUAAUAUGUCCCAUAGUUGUCCAACUUGCAUUCUUUUUUUUCAAAUGGAAGAAGAGCUGAUAAAACAUCAAAAAAAUGAGAAACAUGAUGGUUCAGUCUUUCAGCAAGCCACUCCUCUGGGUAACAGUGAUCAGACCUUGCAAGUGCCAGCUUAUGCUGACUCGUUAUCAAACAAUAGCCAAAAUCUUGCAAAGGAAAUGGAAGUAUCAAUGAAAGCAAAACCUCCAAACCCUUCCUUCAUAAACCAUAAAAAUGAAGUAAAGCAUUCUGUUCUGAAUAAAACGCAAUUUCAAUGCAGAAAGUGUUUUUAUAAGACAAGAUCUUCCACAGUUCUUACAAGGCACAUAAAACUCCGACAUGCACAGGAGUAUCACUUCCUUUGCAAAGCAUGUAAUCUCUACUCACUGAGUAGGGAAGGAAUGGAGAAGCAUAUCAAAAGAAGCAAGCACCUUGAAAAUGCCAGAAAAAACAACAUUGGACUACGUUUUGAAGAAUGUAUUGAAAAGGUUUGUGUUGGCAUUGGUGGUAUUAAAACAGUAGUGGAUCCUUCCGUUUCUGGGAGUGGGAAUACAGAGUUAGAUAAAGAAAUUAUACAUGUUUCAUCCUCUUCUGUGGAAAACAUAUCAAGAAAUAAGGAAAUCAUUCCACUUGAUCAAAGGAUUGCUGAAAAUGAAUUGGUUUUAGCUAAUGCACCCAAAAGAGGGAAACCCAAAGGCACUGUUUCUAGGACAUGUAGCCAUUGUGGUCUUUUGGCCUCCAGUGUUACAAAUUUGACUGUUCACAUCAGACGUAAACAUAGUCAUCAGUACAGCUAUUUGUGUAAGGUUUGCAAUUAUUACACUGUAACCAAAGGAGACAUGGAACGCCAUUGUGCAACCAAAAAACACAAAAGUCGUGUUGAAAUAGAGGGACCUGGAAAACAGAACUCAGACAUAAUCGUUAGCCCUAAAGGAGGUAAUUUUGAAUCCAUGAGCAAGAAGGGUAACAGCCCGAUUACUGCCUUAUAUGAACAUGUUGAGGAUGGUAACCAGUCAUUAGAUUUGGAAAAUUCUGUCUUAGACAAUCAGGAAGUUGAGCAAGAAGAUGCUGAGCUGAAAGUUGUAAAUGCCAGCAGGCUGCCAGAUUUGGAGCAUACUAGCAAUCCAUUAAACAUAAACCAACACGUGUUUCUGGAACCAGCGAGGGGUACACAAGAUGGUGACCCAUGCCUCCAGAAAAGAGCAUUGGGUGCGGGUGACAAUAAGUGUGUCCACUGCAGCUUCAUUGCUCAUUCUUCUUCUUCUUUAGAGCUGCAUGUGAAGCGAAAACAUACGAAACAGUUUGAAUACUACUGCAUGGCUUGUGACUACUAUGCUGUUACUCGUAGAGAGAUGAUCAGGCAUGCAGCAACAGAGAAACAUAAAAUUAGAAGAGAAUCUUACGUUUAUUCUUCCGGAGAAGAAGCAAACACAGCAGAUGUCACUAAAGAAGGCACUGCUUUGUCUCAAGAGGAGCACCAUCACAGUGCAGGAGAAUCAAAAACUGGUUUAGGUGAAACAAAAUGUGCCAGUGAUGCAGCAGAAGGUGAUCAUAUGAGUAAAAGCUUAACUGAGUGUACCAUCUUAGAAGAACAUGAAUCUUCAGGAAUGCCUAAGGGAGGCGAUUCCAAAGAUACAGUAGAAGGUGAACUUGAAGAGAAGUCUAAAAAUGGAGGAGAAAAACAUUUUUGUGAAGGUUUCCAGCAAACUCCUCAGAAAGGUAAAGUUGUUAAACUUGACAAGGAAGUAUCAGUUAAAGAAACAGGUACUAGUGAGUUGCAUCAAAGUGGGCAUGGUCAGGAGCCCCUCAACUCGGAUGAUGAUUGCACUGCAGAAAAUCAAAAUAGAUCAAGCAGCACAAACUUGAAUUCAGGAAAAGGUGAGGAAAGCUUGGAAGCAUAUAAAGAAAAUCCUGAAGUAGAAUGUAGAAACACAGACAUUCUGAAAAACAUACCUCUGAAAAAAAAUAGCCCACUUAUGCUAACUCUUCCAGAAACAAGUAGUGCAGUAGAGCAAUCAAAUUUUGCUGGAAACGGUGGAGAAAUGGUACAAAAUAUACAUAGUUUAGAGGGUGACAGAAGUUUCAAAGAGGAUCCUACUGGGGAGGAGGAAGAAGCCCUUAUGGAAGCACAACAUGAGGCAGAAGUAACUAUAAAUAACAAUGCUUGGGAGGCAGAUGGCUCAACAGCUGAGGGCAUGCAAGAAAGUAAUAAUGAGGCUUUAGGAACGGUUAUCAGUGCUGAUGAUAAAGGAAAGGCAUUGCAAAAUUUUGGCAAGUUUGAUUCUUCUAUAGUGAGGUUAAAAAGCCAUCAAGAUGGGGAGGUCAGUGACCAUUCUGCUGAAGGACAGAUGUCAAGUGGAGUGAAGGCUAGAGAGCUCACAGUGAAAGCAGACCCUUCACCAAGUGGUGGGAAAAAGAAGUCAGAAGGAAUUUCCCUUGGGGAAUUGACACGUAUUCGCUGUGAUGACUGUGGUUUUCUAGCAGAUGGUUUGAGCGGACUAAAUGUUCACAUAGCCAUGAAACAUCCUUCAAAAGAGAAACAUUUUCAUUGUUUACUGUGUGGAAAAUCAUUUUACACAGAGAGCAACCUUCACCAGCACUUGACCAGUGCUGGGCACAUGCGGAAUGAGCAGGCAAGCGUGGAGGAGCUGCCUGAAGGAGGCGCUACCUUUAAGUGCGUGAAGUGCACGGAGCCCUUCGAUUCGGAGCAGAGCUUGUUUCUGCACAUCAAAGAGCAACAUGAAGAACUGUUGCGGGAAGUGAAUAAGUACAUUGUGGAAGACACUGAGCAAAUAAACAGGGAGAGGGAAGAGAACCAAGGCAAUAUCUGCAAGUAUUGUGGGAAGAUGUGUAGAAGUAGCAAUUCCAUGGCCUUCCUAGCUCACAUCCGUACCCAUACAGGAUCAAAGCCAUUCAAGUGCAAGAUAUGCCACUUUGCAACAGCUCAGCUCGGAGAUGCCAGAAACCAUGUCAAGAGGCACCUUGGGAUGAGGGAAUACAAGUGUCAUGUCUGUGGGGUGGCGUUUGUGAUGAAGAAGCAUUUGAACACUCAUUUACUGGGCAAGCAUGGAGUUGGCACACCCAAAGAAAGGAAAUUUACAUGUCAGCUGUGUGACAGGAGCUUCACAGAGAAGUGGGCACUGAAGAACCACAUGAAGCUGCACACGGGAGAGAAGCCGUUCAAGUGCACCUGGCCCACCUGCCAUUACUCUUUCCUCACAGCCUCCGCCAUGAAGGACCACUUUAGGACACAUACAGGCGAGAAGUCGUUCCUCUGUGACCUUUGUGGCUUUGCCGGCGGGACACGUCAUGCCCUCACCAAGCAUCGGCGGCAGCACACAGGAGAGAAACCAUUCAAAUGUGAUGAGUGUAACUUCGCUUCCACAACACAAUCGCAUCUGACACGACAUAAGCGUGUCCAUACUGGAGAAAAGCCUUACAGAUGUCCCUGGUGUGACUACAGGUCUAACUGUGCUGAAAAUAUACGUAAGCACAUUUUACAUACAGGAAAGCAUGAAGGAGUAAAAAUGUAUAACUGUCCUAAAUGUGACUAUGGAACCAAUAUCCCUGUGGAGUUUCGUAACCACUUGAAAGAACUACACCCAGACAUUGAAAAUCCUGAUCUGGCGUACUUGCAUGCUGGCAUUGUGUCCAAGUCCUAUGAGUGCCGACUGAAGGGACAAGGAGCAACCUUUGUGGAAACUACGAGUCCUUUUACUGCAGCAACACUGGGAGAGGUUUCUCCAGUUAAAGAGAAGGCCUUUCGAGGCAGUAGAAGACAGACACAGUCACCUGAAGAAGUUCAGCAAGUUAUUAUUAUUCAAGGAUAUGAUGGUGACUUUGCAAUUGAUGCCUCUAUGGAAGAAACAGCAGCGGCUACCCUUCAGACUCUAGCAAUGGCUGGUCAGAUGGCCAGGGUGGUCCAUAUUACAGAAGAUGGGCAAGUCAUAGCUACAGAUCAAAAUGGCUCACGCGUGAGUAGUAUGGUUCCAGGGCAGAUACUUACUGAGCAGUUAGCAGAUGGUGCAACACAGGUGGUAGUGGUUGAAGAAACAGGAACUGAUAUGGAGGCGGCUGUUCAAAUAGAUGCAGUUCCUGACUCCAGUAGUACUGUUCUGCAGCAGAUAAUGCGACAAGAAGUUUUGGAUGUUUCUGAAGCUACAGUGCAUCCUCCAGACUCCUCCUCGGCAUUAGAUGCCCUGCUGUGUGCUGUAACAGAGCUAGGUGAAGUGGAAAACAAAUCUGGACUCCUUGACAGAUGCAGAUCAAGUCAUAAAGAUUUCUUGCAAAUGCCAAAUCCAGAGAUGCCCAGCAUUCCCAGUGACACGGAGGGACAAGAAAUACAAAUGUUCCAUGAAGUUCAAGAGACUCAGGAAGAUACCGAACCUAUGGAAGUAGUGACGCGGGUCAUGCACCCAUCGGCUAUAAUUGCAUCUCAGGAGAGAGCUCAGGCUGCCUUGGAGAAAAUGGUCCAAGGAGUAUUACAGUUUGCUGUAUGUGAUACAGCUGCAGCCGACCAGCUGAUGAAAGAAGGUGUCACUCAGGUCAUUGUAAAUGAGGAAGGGACUGUGCAUAUGGUAGCUAGAGAAGGUUCUCAAAUAAUUAUGCAGGAAGCUGGUAGCCACGCACUCAGUGUCCAGAGUGAGCACGUGGAUUUAGUCCAGUCAGAUGGGGAAAUAUCACAGAUUAUUGUCACUGAAGAAAUAGCUCAAGCUAUGGUUCAGGGUUCUGAUGGCAACUUCUCUGAAGGUGCAACCCACUACAUUGUCACAGAAUUGCCACCAGACAUGCAGGAGGAGCCUGGUGUGUACUCACAUGCUGUGAUAGAGACAGCUGGGUCUCAAGAGAUUUUGCAGACUGGUACUGCUAUAAAAGCAGAAGCCAUAAACUGUGAUAGAGCAGAACAGUUAACAAGCAUGGUCAUUUAUACAGAGGGUGGCUCACAAGUAAUUCAGAGCCAGAGAGAUGAUAACAAAGUAGAAGAAGCAUGAAGACUUUCAUCUCCUAGUCCUGAUGCAGGGCAAAGCUGGAAAUUCAUGGAUCCAUGGAGGCACUGGAACAUUUACUGUAAAAGCUUCUCCACACAACAUCCUCCUAGUCAGGUAGCAAAUACCCACCCUGUGGGAGGUGAAGGCCAGCUACUGGGAGGAUUUCACUGAAAAGGGUAGUACAUUCUUGUUACAAUAGCUCUAAGAAUUAUUAUAUGGAUUAUUAUGAAACAAGCAUAUUAGAGUAAAAAAGAGAAUCAAAAGCUCUCCCCCC